AGAAUAAAUAUUGCAACGUCGCAAUUUAGCGUCUGGUGAGUGAGUAGCAAGUAACCAAGAUGUCUGAAAAUUGGGUAGACUAAGUUAGCGUACCUAUUGACUGUCAUUACGACUUGUAAUUUAUUUUAAGACAUAUUUAUUCACCAGUUACAACUUUUAUAUCAACUACAUUCAAGCAACAAUUCACAAUUUCAAUUUAAUUUUAAUGACAUUUAUAAAUACAAGAAAUGGUAAUUAUCAGUAAUUAAUAGCCAGUGAAGUAGCAAAAUGUCAAGUGACAGUGACCAUAUGCCCAAGCCCUCUAAACGGAUCCGGUGCCGAAUUUCUGAUACCAGCGAGAGCAGUAGCGAUGAGUCUGUUAUUGCUAGGAUUCGUCGCAAGCGUCGGAAUCAUAUGAAGGUCGUAAGUGAUGAUGACAGCAGCGAAGAGGAGCUAAGUCCGACCGGAAAGAAAACUCCCAACAAAGCCUUGGAGUCUGACAGCGACAGUUACAGCAGUGCGAGUAAUUAUUCAGCGGGAUCCACGAGCGAUGAAUGGGAGUCUGAUUGGGAGAGCGAGUCGGAAGAUGACAUGUUCGAAUCUCCGAAGACUAAAAAACGUAGUAGAAAAGAACAACAGCGUAAUUUUAAGGAAGACGCUACAAAGCCUCCAGAGAACAUUGAGUCCGAUGAGAGCGAUGGGACUUCUGAAAAAUGCCCAAUUUGUAUUCUGUCGUUUAGACGUCAGCAGAUAGCGGUACCGUCCUGCUGCGAGCACUGCUUCUGCUUGAUAUGCUUGACAGAGUGGAGCAAAAAUGUCAACACUUGUCCGGUUGAUCGUAAAACAUUUACGACGAUGAAAGUCAAAGAGAAUAUCAAUGGCUCUGUGAUUAAAUGUAUAUCCGUGGAGCCAAAAAACGCCACCGAGGAACAAGUACAAGAAGACCCGACGUUUUGUGAAAUUUGUCACCUGAGUGAUCGAGAGGACAGAUUACUGCUGUGCGAUGGCUGUGACUCUGGUUAUCAUUUGGAGUGUCUAAAUCCUCCAAUGGAUGAAGUUCCUUACGACAAUUGGUACUGUCCAGAGUGUUCCGCGAACGACCCGAACAUGGCUGAAGAGGUAAACAUUGAGACUAACGAAGUGAGUGACCUGAUCGCAGAGGCUCGGUGUCUGGGAAUGACUUACGGAAGAAGAGAGGCUGGACUAGCUUCCCAGUACAUGUCCGCAAAUAAUUUCCGACCACUGCAGCACCGGCUGGUGCCGCGAACACGUCAAACAGAGCGUGUGCGAGCUUCUAUCCGCGCUACUCGCAGCAGAAGAGAGCAAGUGCCGGAACUAGUAGCGGUUUCGCGAGUCUUUGAUCCCGAUCAACCCUCCACCUCGUCUGGCUUUGACUCUAUUUCUGAAAACAGUCGAGGUCGCUCACCAAACGCCAACUCGGCUCGGAAUUUUUCUCACCAUAGCCGACGCACUGCCAGUAAAUCUAAGAGCCGCUCCAAGCCGACUAGUCGCAAAAAGAAAACUCCGAAACGUAAAAAGGCGAAGAAUAAUGAGCCUGUGCUACAGAAAGUUGUUAUUAAGGAUUAUGGCACUGAUGGCGAAGAAAGAGAAAUUGUGAGCUAUGUCAAAGUCAAAAGCGGAACUUCCAGCCGGAAACGUAAGAAGCGAUCUAAAAAAACCUUCAAGAGACGGAAAAAUAAAUAUCACCGCAGAGCUUGCCGGCGAAUAGGUAAUAUUAAAUCAGUGAGAAAGCGAGUUGCGAUUGCUUUAAAUAUGGCCAAAAAAAAAUCAACAACUAAUCCGAUCGGAUUAAUAUCGUUAACAAAUCAAAGCUCGUCAGUGCCUCAAAGAACUGAACAGCUUACAAACGCGAGGUACCGAGCUGGCAUACCACAACUUAAUUUAUUUGGAAAUAAUUUACCUUUAGAUUACUGUCCCUUCGGAUCGGAUGACGAAAUAAAUCCCUCUGUAAGUGAAGAAGAUGGUAUUAGCGGGGGUAAUGUGGUCAGUGUAACCCGUCGUAGUGCCUCUUCAAUAACUACUCUCAGACGUCGACUAGGUUUAAAAAAUCGAGUGAGUCGCGUAAGACGUGAUCCGCAUCCUCAGCCAGUAAUUACCGAUUUGCUGGACAAUAUAAUCAGCAGUCAAGAGCUCUGGCAUUCUAAAGACACUAAAAUCAGCCUGAAAGCCGACGGGACUUUUUCUCUACCCGAAAAAAAAAAUAACAAACCCGACAUCAUCAAAAACAAUGAUUUUUUAAAGGACUCUUUAAAGGAUGAACAAUCAAAAAACGACAGUAUUAUAGCCUCUGUCACCGGUUCUGCGGAUAUUAAUUCAGACAUAGUUCAAGCACCUAUGUACAAUAAUUCCCGGGGCGGUAACAACUCCGACGGGAGGUCUUUCCGAGGGAACUAUCACAACAGAGGCCACCACGGCCACAACAGAAACGACUACGGGCCUCCUAGGGAUUCUUAUUCCGGGAACGGUCCUCCGACCUACGGUGGUCCAGGUCCGAGGGAUAGUUUCGGCCACGGAGAUUUCCGGCAGCCUCCACCCUUGCUGGACUUUAGUCCCAACCGGCGACAACCUCACACGCCAGGAAUGAUGAAUCGCAAUCGUAAUAAUCCCAACUUCCGAAACAAUCCGCGGGGUCGUAAUUUUAAUAAUGACCGCGGAGGAUUCCGCCCGUUGGAGAGUCUUCAGACUUCUAAUUUUCAGCCUCCGGAAAAUUUUCACAGUCAGAAUGUAAGUAGCGUAAAUACCGGAGCGCUACCGAGCAAUGUUUCUAAUUUAUCACUUCAGGAUACUUCACCAGAAAAUUUGACUGCUAAUGUCGACGCUGUUGUAGAGAAUACCAGCAAUUCUGGUAUUGAAUCAGCUGAAGCAAAUCCAGCGAAUGAAUCCGCUGUAGCGAGCUCUGACCAACCUGAGGGAGAAGAAUGUGAUAUUUACAGUGAUAUUGAUAUGUCUAAGCCGAGCGAUAACCCAGAAGGUGAUAACAAAGAAACUGAUGAUAGAAAUAGUUCUAUAGAAGCGCUCUUACCUCCUCCAAUUCCUCCGUCAGACUUGCUGGACUUUGAGGACAAUCUCAAGAGUGAUAACGAGAGUGAUGACAAUGAUUUGGUAAUUGAUGACACUCCAAAAGAGCCUGCUAAAGAUUCUGAUACAAAAGAUGGAAAAACAGAUGAUAAAUAUGAUCCGUUUGCUGUAAUUGACAGUGAUAGUAAUGAUGAAAAUCCCCGUGAUAGUAGCAAGAAAAAAAAUCAAGGUGAAAGUAGUAAUUUAGAUUCUAUAAAUUCUUCACUCCCUCCGCUGGAGCCGCCUCCAAUGCCUCCAGAUUUUUCUGCUAUUGUUGACAUGUCCAGUGAGAUGAAGAAUAUCAAAAAAGACUCACUUACGCUCUUGGGGACUUAUUAUAACGACGAGGAUGAUGAUAAUGCCAAUCAGGAUGAUGAUGAUGAUGAAACCAAGAGCGAUUGUCCCAAUUUCUCGAUUUAUUCCUCGGAAACUAUGGACGUUGCUAGGCACGCUGAGCAGGAGUUGACGCAACAGAUUGGACCGCUGGAGCCGCCUCCUAUGCCGCCGCUUAUGCCUGAUGAUGAUGAUAUUAUUGUCGCUGAUGUUCAGAGCUGUGAUCUUGCGGAUAUUCCUGAACCCUCGGAUCCUUAUAUUGAGUCCUUGCAGAAAGAACGGCAGACUUUGAGUAAGAUUCCGACGAAAAAAUUGUCGAUUGAUUCUAGGGGAAAAAUUACUUUUAAAAUUGGGAAUAAGUCUAAGUUGAAUAAUAAAUUGUGUAAUUUGGAGGAUCGGUUUGAAGACAGUGUUACGGCUUCUAUGGAGAAGGAUAAGGAGGCGAAGGAUAAGGAGAAAAAUAAAGACUUGAAGGAAAAAGAUGAGAAAAUUGAGGAGGCUAAGGAGAAAGAUGUUAAAAAUAAAGAUGUUGAGAAGGAAGAUGAUGAUGAUAAGAAGAAAGAUUCUGGGGAUAAAGAAGAUGAUAAAAAGUCUAAAGAAAAAGAAGAUGAUAAAAAAUCUAAAGAAGAAGAUGAUAAAAAGUCUAAAGAAAAAGAAGAUGAAGAUGAAUUGAAGGAAAAGGAGAUUAUUGAAGAAGAAAGUCAGAAAUUUUUAUUGAAGACUAAUGAUGAAGAUGAUGUUGAUAAAAAUAAGGAAGAUGAUGAUAAUUCUUCGGCUGUUGUUGUUGUUGUUGAUAAUAAAGAAGAUAAAGCGGAAGAGUUUGAACUGAUAAAAAUUGAUUCUCCUGAAAAGGAAAAGGAAAAAGACAAAGAUGAUGAUAAUAAAGAAGAGCUGGUAGAUGAAAAUAAAAAUGAAGAGGUAGAAAUUAUUGAGGUGCAAGAAAGUAUUUCUCUAAAUAAGUCGACGGCUGACUUGGAGGAAGCUGAUGAACUUAAAUUACGAAAGGAUGAUGUUGAGGAAAAUGUAGAAAGCAAGUGUGCUGAAAACGAGGUCUGGGAGUCUGACGGAGCUUACACUCCGUGUAAAGAUGAGAUGCCGGUUAAGGAAAGUGUUAAGUUGGAUGGUAGUGAAGCUGCUGAAGCUUCUUUUGAUAAUGGACUGGAGCCGAUCACUCCACCUCCUAAAGACAGGUCGACUGAUGAUCUAGGAGCCAGGUGUAGGACACCUAUAGAGUACGCGGGACUUGGUACAGAAGCUAUUUCUGAGACGGACGAGCCGAUUAAUUUUGAAGAGGAGCUUACAAUGCUGAGUCAAAGGAAGGACAAGGAGAUGGAAGACGGGGAGGUGUCUGAUGAAAAUAAACUCAGCAGUAGUGGGAAUAAUAAAAAGCACAAGGAUAAAUCUUCUGAUACUGAUAACAAUCCGGAGAGCAGUAGGAAGAAGAAAAAAAAUAGAAGGGAUAGAAACAAGGAGGCGAGUGAAAAGAAUAAGGAAAAUAUUUCUUCUGAUAAUCAGGUGGAGUGGAAAAAAAUUUCUAAGAGUACAAAAGAGAGAUCUUAUCGGGAAAAAAGUAAAAAUUACGAAUCUGGUGAUAAGGAUAAGAGUAAAGAUAAAGGAAAGUAUCGGGAUAGAAGUAAAGAUCGCGGGAAGAAACAUGGAAAAGAAGACAGUGAUAAAAAGAAGGUUAAAAGGAAGGAAUUGCCGAGGUAUGAUGUAAGAAAAAUUGUCUCUGAGAAGCCAGUUAGGCCUCGGAAGGAUGAGUAUGGUCGGGAUAUUCGUGAAUUAUCACUGAGCUUAUCACCCAGUCGCAGUUUGACUCGUAACAGACGAUCGCACUCAAGAUUAAGUCGAUCUUACUCGCCGAGAAUGAACUUACGGAAAAGCCGCUCUUGGUCGCGGCACCGAGCUAGAUCGCGCGAGCGCUCCCAAAACCGAUCCUCGCCCUACAAACAGUCACUGUCCCGCUCACGGAGAAAAUCUCAGACCCGCGACCGUCGGUCUUUGUCCAGAAGACGUUCCAGGUCACCGACUAGCCGGCGGAAUCAGCGAGUCUCUCCCGCUCGACAGCACCAGUCCAGGAGGAGCAAGAAGAAGUCACUUUCACGGAAAAACAGAUCUAGAACGAGAUCUUGGUCUCGUUCACGAUCAAGGUCGCGCGUACGCUCCCGCUCUCGCGUGAAAUCCCGCUCGCGAUCUCGGGUGAGAAUGAGAUCGAGGUCGAAGUCUAGGACGAGUUCAAAGUCGCCUUCGAAAACAAGGUCGAGGUCUCGCGGGGCUAAGAAGAAGGAGAAACUCAGAAAGCAGAAGUCUCCGUCUGCUUCCCACUCGAGAAGGCGCAAGCGGUCCCGGAGCCGGAGCAAAUCACCUUCCAAAAAGACUCCCAAGUCUUUGAGGUCCAAGCGAAGAGCUAAAAGAGACUCCAAUGUCUCUCAGACAAAUGCAUGCCACUCUUUUAUCACUAGAUCCAGGUCUCGAGAGCGUUCUUACUCCCACGGGAGGAACUGGAACAAAAUCAGCGACAAGGAUUUAGACCACAGUCCGUUCGACGUCCGGGAGAAAGACCAGCAGGUUUCUGGGAACGCCGGAGUAUCCUGGAGCGCUCAGUGGACUCCUUCAUGGUCCAGGUCAAGGUCCAGGACCCCUGCUGCUAUCAACAAGCAGCGCGAUGACCACAUGAUGCAGUCCAGGAACUGGUCACCUACCUCCAGCUCCAUAGGCGACAUGAUUGCCGCUCAGUCUAUUAAUUUACCACCUUCAUCGCCGCCUUCUCAAUCUUCCCUGCUCGCUUCUAUGAACAACGCUCUUGGGAACAUUAAUGGUGCAAAUCCUUCAGCUCCUACCCAGAUGGACAAUCAUGUCUCUCCCAAAAAUCUAACGGUGAUCUUACGCAACAAAGACGCUACCAAGAGCAAGAAGAAAAAGGACAAGCGCUCGAAGGAUAAGAAGAAAUCCCGUGAUGCAGAUCGCAGAAAAGGAGCUAGUAAACGGAACCGCACGCCUCCUCCUUCUAAGGAAGUCUUCGCCAGUGGUGAUAACAUCCUGGUCAGUGUUUGCUUCAAUGACAACGCUACGGGGCAGUCUAAUAAUAUGAUGAACCUGACUGACACCUUGCCGUUGUUAACGACUACUAAAAGACGUCGUCGUGAGCCCGUACAAGAGGAGCCCCCUCCGGCGAAAAAACCAAAGAAAGACAAGUCUAAGGAAAAAAAAUCAAGGCCCUCUCCUAAAGUCAGCAAGCGGGAUAAAAAAAGAAAGUCCAAGGCUGCUGAAAUAGCCGCGACGAAGAAACCUGUCGCUGUUAUUGACCUGGACCAGUCUCCGUUCCGCGAGCAGACGCUUUCUCCUCAAGAUGUUAUUGUCUUGAGCGAUGACGACAAUGUUGGUAAUAACGACGGUAAUAAUUUGAACAAUGGUAAUAGUGGCAAUAAUGUUGGAAAUGAAGAGAGAGGGAAUAAUGCUAUGAACAGCAGCCAUGAUAAUACUAUUAAUACGAGCAAUAAUAGUGAGCACAAUAUUAUUUCUAUUGAUAAUAACAGCAGUGGGGUUAACAAUCAAAAUAACGAUGGGUAUGAUGAUGAUGAUGAUGAUGACCGUGAUAGGGAGGAUAAUUCUCUGUUUAUGUUUGCUAAUCAGCAGCAGGAUGGAGACAAUCAGGGUAAAGGAGAUGACAAAGUGAUGCAGCAGGAGCAUCAGCUUAAAUUGCUCCAGCAAAAGCGGCUUAAGUUGUCCGAGCACGAGCAGUUCAUGAUUCAGGGUCCCAAGACGCCUCCAGAGCCGCAGAUUAAGUUUUCUAUCAGCAAGCAGCAGAGCAAUCUUAGGAACAUGAUUAUGCACCCGCUUUUUAAUAGGGAUCAUGAUGAACUGCAGAUGGAGGUGAGUGCGAAUGCUUCCAGAGGGAAAGAGGGACAGGUUCAGAAUGAAAUCUUUGAUGAGAAUGACAGCUCGGAGAUUAAUAGGUUGAAUCAGGAUCAGGCUGCUGAUAAGAAUUUGGAGGACGAAGAGGAACUAGGGAACGAGGGGAAGAAGGAUGUCCAGGUGGUGGAUGAUGAUGAUGGUGAGCAGGAUGAUGAGGAGGGAGAGGAUGAAGAGGAAGACGGGGGCGAUGAAGAGGAGCAAAAGGGUGAUAAGGAUAGGAUGGAUGAGGCUAAGAAACUGGAGAAGGAUAAGAGGGACGAUGAAGAUAAGGAUAAAAAAGCUAAGAAUGAUGGUAAAAAUUCGGAGGUUAUAGAUUUGUGUAAAAUAGGACCAAACACGCCGCCAGAGCCUCCGAAUUCACCGCUAACUUCGCCGGAUGUUUAUGAUCCGUUUGAUCCGACUAAAUCCAGGUCGCCCACGCCUAGUGUCAUAGAGGAGCCUCAUUUGCCAAGUGAGCAGAAGCAUGUUAACAAAGGCUCUGAUUUGAGUGCUAAUAAUGAGAAGCAGGAGAGCGACAAGCCCAAGGUGAUUUCUAUGGUGACUAUCAAGAGAGCCUCGCCUGAGAAGGCGGCUGCUCCGACGACCAAGCCGCUGGAUAUUAGGAUAGAAAACAAGUCGCUGGAUCACUUGAAUCAAAACUCUGGGGGGAAUCUUAGUUGCUUUACUACUAUCAAUCCUGUGCUGGCCACUGUCGCUGCUGCUGUCCAGCGGAGUGGGAUUUUUAAUAAUCCCGGUAAUUAUGGUAUCACGCAGAGGAAUAUCAACAGACUCUCUCCCAGCAGCCAGCUGAAGCAGCGCGGCAAUGAGCGGCCGCAAUUGUCGAAUUUGUUCGCUGGGAAGAAUUUGGGUAAUUCGAGGAUCAACAAGGCGAUGGAGAACAGGAAUAGCGCGAUGAUGACCAACAAUGGUGGAGAUCUGGAGGGCAAUGAUGCUACUAUUGACACUUCCUCGCCUUACUCUCCUGGGUCGAGUCUUAGUGAUGGGAUAUUUGACCCUCCUAGUCCUGCGAAAAAUCACAGCCCUCAGAGAUCUCUCCCUUCUCUCAGUAAUUUGUCGAAUAUUAAUAAAAAUUCGGGGAAUAAUGUCGCAAAGAAUAAAAAAGAUCUAUUUGAUUCGCUGUUCGAUUCCUCCCCGGUUGUUAAGAUGAAUUCUAAGAUGAGGAAUUUGAAUAAAAAGUCGCCGGAUAAGAGGAAGAAGAGUGGGAAUUCAAAGAUUGGAGUUAGGAUGGAUGAGAAUCAACUGCAGAUUCUUGAUGAUCUUCCUAGUUCGGCGGUGGAGAUGCAAGUCAAGGAUAAAUUUUUGAAGAAGCUUAAUCGACAGGAACGCGUUGUUGAGGAAGUUAAGCUCGUGUUGAAGCCACAUUAUACCAAGAAACAUAUUACCAAGGAGGAAUAUAAGGAUAUUAUGAGGAAAGCUGUACCCAAGAUUUGUCACAACAAGUCCGGAGAAAUUAAUCCUAAAAAGAUUGCUCAACUGGUAGAGGCUUAUGUUAAAAGGUGUCGAAGUAACAAACGCAAAUCGUUACCUGAAGCGAAAUCAUCUGCGACAACUGCUGCAACAAAUAAAAAUUUACGAUUAACAAAAACUUCUUGGAGUUGAUCAACAAUUGUAAACAUAUAAACUAACAAAAUGGUUUAAGUCAGUACGACUGAUAAAGUGUAUAUCAGAUAGGAAGACAAAAAUUAAUUGUCACUAAUGGAGCAAUCGUUUUAGACCUAUGUAAAUACUUAAUUAAUUAAUUGAUUGUAUGUAUUAAAGCGCAAUAUUUGUAUUUAUCUUUGAAUAUAGCCUAUAAUACGCCACUGUUUAACACUGAAUAUCCGUAUUAUUGCUACAUUUUACUUGUAGGAAACAAAAUCUUAUAUUAUAUAGUUAUUAAUUAGUAUUUAUCGUAAAGUUAUGAGGUGAAUAAACAGUAAAAAAAUUAAUAAACA